GGUAGGAGAGCUGAGCGCUGGGACCAAGGGCUAAAGCUGAGGGGUGAGUCAGUCACCUUGAGCAGGGCGAGCGCUGUGGGCCAAGCAGAGGCCUCAGGGCAGUGGGAGUGCAGACUGAAAAAAUGCAGACCACCGGGGCACUGCUCAUUUCUCCGGCUCUGAUCCGCUGUUGCACCAGGGGUCUAAUCAGGCCUGUGUCUGCCUCCUUCCUGAGUAGACCAGAGGACUCAUCUAAACAGCCGUCCUACAGCAACUCCCCACUUCAGGUGGCCAGACGGGAGUUCCAGACCAGUGUUGUCUCCCGGGACAUUGACACAGCAGCCAAGUUCAUUGGUGCUGGGGCUGCCACAGUUGGUGUGGCCGGAUCAGGGGCUGGCAUUGGAACCGUGUUUGGCAGCUUGAUCAUUGGUUAUGCCAGGAACCCAUCUCUCAAGCAACAGCUCUUCUCGUAUGCCAUUCUGGGCUUUGCCCUGUCUGAGGCCAUGGGGCUCUUCUGUUUGAUGGUCGCCUUCCUCAUCCUCUUCGCCAUGUGAGGCUCCAUGGGGGUCACCUACCCCUCCCUGCUGCUUCGACUCAACUCCAUUCCUGGUGCUGGAGUGUGCCGAGCUGUACCAUUAAACAAUGUUUCUCUAAACCCA